GCAGACACACAAGUCCGUUGACCAAUCAGAGCGUCGAGAAAAGGUGGGAGUGUGUGGUUUUGAGAUAAUAAUACACAUUAUUUGAGUCUUGCGGAAAUUCGGGCAGAAUUAAGUGGAUAAUUCGCGGGAUGGAAGGUUCAAGCUACAUUGAAACGACUUGCGAAUCAAAGUUGAGUUGUUAAUCCUUCGCCGGAAUUCGUCGAGGGAAGGCCGUGGACGACCCUUGAGCGCAUACCCACAUCGGAAUACAAUGUCAAGCUGUUUAGAGGCCAAAUACCACAAGGCGUGGUGGUACAGCUGCAACUUUUGCGUUGAAUGCAGUCUCAAGGCAUUGAAGGUUGACCCUGAAGCGACCUUAAAUACUCUGCUCUUCAAAGUUCGACAGCAACCCUUGCGUGUACAGUGCACUGCAAGGCUUCUAGCCGCACUCAAUGAUGUUGCGACUCCUUUGACCUUUCCCGCUCAUCUCAUCCCAAGAAUCGUAGAGACCAUGGAAGCGAUCGUGGACAAUCUGCGGCCCAGAGAGGCAAGAAACGCCUGCUCCGUCCUGCUCACCAAGUGUCUUGAAAUCGCGGAAAGUGAUCCGCCGCAGUGUCCGCGAGUCAGCGUGAUCACGGGCGUCGUGUCCAAGAGCGUGGUCGCGGCUGGUCGAAUCGAGCGCCUGCUGGUGGACAAGCCAGACCAAGUCGUCAAGUUGAUGUACUGUCCGCGAGUCGAUCGUGCCUGCAGGUACGAGGUUCUCCGUGUGGUACUCAGACUCAUGAAGAGUGAAGAUCUCCUCAACUUGCUCUGCAAUGCCGUUCAUUCUGUGAUCGACCCAGAACAGGCCGCUACCUUACUUAAUUUGCUUUGCAAGGUAUUGACCAGCUUGUCCAGUACCCCAUGCGUAACGAAAAUUCUGCAAUUCCAUUUUCCAAAGAUUGUCCAAAACCUGGUUAGGUGCGUCACUUCUCGAGACGAUAACCUGCAAAUUUACUCCGUAAGGUUUGUUGGCUUUCUCGCAAGUCUGGAUGAUCCAUACUUGAGCAACGCCAUAGUUGGAGGUGACCCUGCCGCUUCAAUAGGAGAAGCGCUCUUCUUUUACAACAAUGCUGCCAUCAGUGAAGUCCUGGGAGUCUUGCCAUAUCUGUGCAAUGCCAAGAAUUUUUAUGAAGACAACGGCAAAGCUAGACUCUUCCUUGAAAACAUAAUUCUGAGAAUCGGCACCAUUUCAAGCGAGGGUGAAAACGAUAUUUUCUUCAAUGGAGUCCGAGUAGUGACGCUCUUAUUGAAGCAUUCCGUGCAAUUUAAGACUAAUAUCGUUGGCAAAAACGCCAGCCAGUUGAUACACAUUCUCUCCAGAUGCGUGUCUUGCAGUAAUGACCAAAUGAGCCAUACUGCUUGCCACACCGCCUUGCACUUCAUUUCCUCCGCUGAGACGAGUGCAGAGACAUGGCAAGUCGACGUGGUCCAACUUGCCAAAUUGGUUUUGACCAAAGACGCCUGCCCCAAUGAGACAAGUGGUAUAUGCAAGUGCUUUGCUCUCAAACUAGUUAAUGGUCUCUUAUUUUGGUGUGGAAAGCUGGAUGCGAAGGGGGAAGUAUCGCUCGAUGCUCUGAUUUUUGACAUCAUCACAGACCACGCCAGAAAGUGCUGCUUGCUGACCAAUUCGAAAACUUCUGAAAAACUUCUUUCGACCGUGAAAAAUGUGCUUGAAUGUGAUGAGUGGACUCUAAAAACAGACUUAAGCGCAACCCUCGCUUCGAUGGGAUUUUUGGAUUUGUUGCUAAUCAAGGGGAGUCGCAAUUUCGCCAGCAUUGAAACCAGAGUUGAAUCUGUGGCCUUGGUUACUAGGAUACUGUGUGAAAAUAAAUUUGGAAUAUGUUUAGAAGAGAGGACCUGCAUCAACUCGCUGAUGCAGUUCUGCCAAACCAAUCACUCCUUGCUCUUCACUGAUGCCACAGCGGAAGCAAAUUUGAGCUUCUUGUAUUGCAGAGCGUACUAUAACCCAAAUAGUGACUCGGCCCAGUUCAUUGACUGCAUCGUCUGCUUUUUGUCCUAUUGUUUUUGCGGAUCUAUUUCCAGCAGCAUGGCAAAAGGCGUGCUUUUCAUUUUGGCAUGCCAAGGCGCGAGUGGAAUUUUGCCAGAGUGCGUCAUCAGACUGGUCUGUCGGUGGGCCACGGUGCCCGAGAGAGUCUACACCGACUCUCCUCUGUACGUGAACUGGAUUCUGGGACUGCAUUACAGACAAAUUCCCCAGGAGUUUCUUGUUUCAACAUUACAGCUGUGGUUGGCAGAGAAUCGUUGCGAGAAAAUCACCUGCAAUGCUGCAACGGUCGCAAUAUUUUUGGAGGUGAUGGUAUUCAGUUCCAAUUUCCAAACUGCGGCCAACGCUCACCAUAGACUGAAUCAAGCCAUUGAAGAAAUGGAAGACAACCAUUCUUUGAUAGAAACAGUGUGGAUCAAACUUCCAGUAUUUCUCAUGCGCUCUAGUGCAUCCAAUUCAGAUGGCAACUAUGGGCAUGCAUUUCAUUUAAGCCUCGCAGCUAAAAUUUGCAUGAACAGUAAGAGCAGUAAGAUGCCUUUUGGCGAGGCAUGGUCUGUACUUCCGGAAUUCAUCGUCAGCUUACUAAAGUUAGACAAAAAGAAGUGGACUAUGGUUUCCCUUGAGGCUGCUUUUGACAUCUCUACCCACGUUCUCACCCUUGAAAACACAAGCCAAUGGAGAAAGCUCAUCCUGCUCUUCAGGAGUAAGAGCUUUAUUACUGAUUUUGAAAGCUACGUCAACUCAAAAGACAUCCUUGCCUCUGCUCUCAAGCUGCUCUCUGCCAUGAUAGUUCUGCAAAAUGGAUACCAAUAUCCUACAAAUUCUUCCUUGAUUCCUGCUAGGGUAGAAAUUGACUCAAAUAUCCUGCUCGACAGUCUGCUCUGUGAGAACCAAAAUUGUGGGAAGAUAUUGGCAGUGCUGAACUUGGUUAAUGAUAUUAUUACCCUGAGUGAUUCCUCAAGUAGUCUUGCUUCAAUUACUAGCAAGGACGAUAGAAACCUGAUUCGUUUCUGCAACGAAUUUUUCAAGUCCGUCCACGCCGUGAUUGCUUUGCAUCCUGGCACAUGUGUUGAGCUGGCAGGGUGGCAUUGCCUUGAGAAUUUGCUGACCUGGAGCAAAGACAAAUGGCUGUGCCACGCUCCCUGGACGCACACUCUUAUUUGGAUGUUGGAAAUCCCCACCGAGUCGGCAGACGCCAGUCGCCGAAUGCUUGUGUACCUUCGGCUCUUUUUCCUUCGCCUGCAUGAAAGCUACCAAGGGAUGAAUUUGGUGAGUGGAAAAACGAUUGGGAGCAAGGCCAAAUUGACAAACAGAACUGCUCAACGGCUUGUGUGCUGUGCCUCAGCGUUUGCUUACCGUCACUGCUGUAGGUCUGAAAUUUUGAUGGUCUUGAAACAGAUAUUUCAGAUUGAUUUUGAGCUGGAAGAAGAGGUGAGGAGAAUGAUAAAGGCGAAAGUGAUUGAGCUCGAGUUCAGUGGAUGAGUUGCUGAAUGAAAAACUUCUGUGAUAACAUUACACGUUGAAUUUGUUUAUUUUGAUUCUACAGAAAUGAAAACUUUGGGAAUGUAACCAUUACAACACAAUCGUUCAGGAGUCACAAACAGUAAAACUGACAGUUAAUUUAAUAUCAUUGCACCAAAAUAAUCAUUUUGAACGUUGCUUUGUUCGAUAAAAAUAAUGAUUUCAACAAAAAUAAAUCCUUGGUAAAACACA